GAGGAGGAGGAGAAGGAGGAGGAGGAGGAGGAGGAGGAGGAGGAGGAGGAGGAGGAGGAGGAGGAGGAGGAGGAGGAGGAGGAGGAGGAGGAGGAGGAGGAGGAGGAGGAGGAGGAGGAGGAGGAGGAGGAGGAGGAGGAGGAGGAGGAGGAGGAGGAGGAGGAGGAGGAGGAGGAGGAGGAGGAGGAGGAGGAGGAGGAGGAGGAGGAGGAGGAGGAGGAGGAGGAGGAGGAGGAGGAGGAGGAGGAGGAGGAGGAGGAGGAGGAGGAGGAGGAGGAGGAGGAGGAGGAGGAGGAGGAGGAGAGGAGGAGGAGGAGGAGGAGGAGGAGGAGGAGGAGGAGGAGGAGGAGGAGGAGGAGGAGGAGGAGGAGGAGGAGGAGGAGGAGGAGGAGGAGGAGGAGGAGGAGGAGGAGGAGGAGGAGGAGGAGGAGGAGGAGGAGGAGGAGGAGGAGGAGGAGGAGGAGGAGGAGGAGGAGGAGGAGGAGGAGGAGGAGGAGGAGGAGGAGGAGGAGGAGGAGGAGGAGGAGGAGGAGGAGGAGGAGGAGGAGGAGGAGGAGGAGGAGGAGGAGGAGGAGGAGGAGGAGGAGGAGGAGGAGGAGGAGGAGGAGGAGGAGGAGGAGGAGGAGGAGGAGGAGGAGGAGGAGGAGGAGGAGGAGGAGGAGGAGGAGGAGGAGGAGGAGGAGGAGGAGGAGGAGGAGGAGGAGGAGGAGGAGGAGGAUGAGGAGGAGGAGGAGGAGGAGGAGGAGGAGGAGGAGGAGGAGGAGGAGGAGGAGGAGGAGGAGGAGGAGGAGGAGGAGGAGGAGGAGGAGGAGGAGGAGGAGGAGGAGAGCAUGAGUGUGCUGUAUGUGCUCCCAGGUGUGCGGUAUGUGCUGUCAGGUGUGCGGUAUGUGCUGUCAGGUGUGCGGUAUGUGCUGUCAGAUGUGCUGUAUGCGUGUGCAGAUGUGUUGUAUGCCAGGGAGUUGGCAGCUUUUGAGGCGCCUCAAAAGGGGUUGGUCGUAGUUGGCAGCGCCGGAGGAGAGGAAGAUGUGGAGUGCAAAGGAACAAUUGCCACGUUUGAAACCCCCACCUUCCCCACCUUCCCCACCUUUCCCACCUCCCUCCUCUUUGCCUCUCCACAGGUGCUGCAGCAGGCUCGGCAGCAGCUAGCAACGUUGGAGGAGAAGCUGGCGCAGCUGAGGCAGCGCAGAGGGGAGGUGGAGAGGCAGAUGCGGAGCGAGGAGGAGGGGGAGGACGAGGUGACAGGCGCAUUCCGAGCCAUGGUGGGCGAGUUCAUGGUGAGUGGUGGGGGGAAUGGGCUGGGGGAGGUGGUGGGGGGAAAGGGCUGGGGGAGGUGGUGGGGGGAAAGGGCUGGGGGAGGUGGUGGGGAUGGGGAGGAAGGGAUGAGGAGAGGACAUGGCAUGGGGGAGGAUGAGGUGACAGGGGCGUUCCGAGCCAUGGUGGGGGAGUUCGUGUCCACGCGGCACACGGUGGCAACACUGCAGAGGCAGGUGUUUCAGCAGCGAGCAUCCGCCCUCGACCCCCAGAUACAGGACGCCUUGCUCUGGGCUGACAAGGUUGACGAGGCGCAUGAAGCACCCGUUGCUGCUGCUGCCGUUGCUGCCGCUACAGAUGGUGCUGCUGCCUCUGAUGAUUUGCCUGCAGUUGAAACUUCAGCAUCUGCUGGUGGGAUGAAUGGUGCUGGUGAUUUUACUGUGCCUGGUGGGAAUGGUGCUGCUCGCCCCGCUCCCGCACCUGCGGGGCGCAGGCUCGUGGUAACCGCGCAGUUCCCGGACCUGGCGUCCGGGGCUGUGCGGUCGGUUCGGGGGCUGCUGGUUGGGCAGCUGGAGGCGCUGCCCCCGUACCUGCAGGAGGAGGGGGAGGACUGGGCGGAGGAAGGAGGGGUGGGGGAGGAGGAGGGUGUUAUAGGGGAGGAUUCCCAUUGGUACAUCCUCCCCUCGCCCUGCAUCCGCCAGCUAAUCAGAGCGCAGUACGACCCCACCGACCAAUCGGAGCUCGCCAUGUCAGCGGCCGACGGGCGGCAGCUCGUUGGCAGGUACCUCUGGCCGGAUGGCCGGCAGGACGAGGCAGAUGAGACGGCUGGGUGGCAGCGGGCGGCAAAGCUGAAACUUUUCCUGCCGCCUGUGCCGGAGAUGCUACAGGGAUGGCUCAGGGGGAGCGGAGGGGAGAAAGGGGAGAGAACAGAGUCACACAAGCAGAAGCUAUCCCAAACUAGAAAGAGAGUGAAGGCUUCGGCGGUGUAUAAGCGGCGGCAGCAGCAGAUGACGGAGAUGGGGAGGUGUGAGUAUGAGGAGGGGAAGGUGGGGAGGCGGGUGGAGGCGCUGAGGAGGCGGAUUGCAGGGAUGCAGCCAGCGGGGUGGCAGGAGUUUGUUCAGGUGGUUCAGGUGCUGGCUCAGGCGGAUGCGCUGGACCUGCAGAGCAGCACGCUUAUGCCUCUGGGAGAGAUCGCUGCAAAGGUGUUUCUUCAGGUGCUGGGUCAGGUGUUUCUUCAGGUCUCCCCGCUUACGCAGGUGCGAGGGGUGAACGAGCUGUGGAUCACAGUGGCACUCUCGCACCCCUCCAUCUUAUGCACUCCCUCUCUAUCCCAACUCUCUUGUUCGUUCUCCUGUCUCCCUUCUUCCUGCUCCAUCUCCUGCCCGCAGGUGCGAGGGGUGAACGAGCUGUGGAUCACAGUGGCACUCUCGCACCCCUCCAUCUUAUGCACUCCCUCUCUAUCCCAACUCUCUUGUUCCUUCUCCUGUCUCCCUUCUUCCUGCUCCAUCUCCUGCCCGCAGGUGCGAGGGGUGAACGAGCUGUGGAUCACAGUGGCACUCUCGCACCCCUCCAUCUUAUGCACUCCCUCUCUAUCCCAACUCUCUUGUUCCUUCUCCUGUCUCCCUUCUUCCUGCUCCAUCUCCUGCCCGCAGGUGCGAGGGGUGAACGAGCUGUGGAUCACAGUGGCACUCUCGCACCCCUCCAUCUUAUGCACUCCCUCUCUAUCCCAACUCUCUUGUUCGUUCUCCUGUCUCCCUUCUUCCUGCUCAAUCUCCUGCCCACAGGUGCGAGGGGUGAACGAGCUGUGGAUCACAGUGGCACUCUCGCACCCCUCCAUCUUAUGCACUCCCUCUCUAUCCCAACUCUCUUGUUCGUUCUCCUGUCUCCCUUCUUCCUGCUCCAUCUCCUGCCCGCAGGUGCAAGGGGUGAACGAGCUGUGGAUCACAGUGGCACUCUCGCACCCCUUCAUCUUAUGCACUCCCUCUCUAUCCCAACUCUCUUGUUCCUUCUCCUGUCUCCCUUCUUCCUGCUCCAUCUCCUGCCCGCAGGUGCGAGGGGUGAACGAGCUGUGGAUCACAGUGGCACUCUCGCACCCCUCCAUCUUAUGCACUCCCUCUCUAUCCCAACUCUCUUGUUCCUUCUCCUGUCUCCCUUCUUCCUGCUCCAUCUCCUGCCCGCAGGUGCGAGGGGUGAACGAGCUGUUGAUCACAGUGGCACUUUCGCACCCCUCCAUCUUAUGCACUCCCUCUCUAUCCCAACUCUCUUGUUCGUUCUCCUGUCUCCCUUCUUCCUGCUCCAUCUCCUGCCCGCAGGUGCGAGGGGUGAACGAGCUGUGGAUCACAGUGGCACUCUCGCACCCCUCCAUCUUAUGCACUCCCUCUCUAUCCCAACUCUCUUGUUCCUUCUCCUGUCUCCCUUCUUCCUGCUCCAUCUCCUGCCCGCAGGUGCGAGGGGUGAACGAGCUGUGGAUCACAGUGGCACUCUCGCACCCCUCCAUCUUAUGCACUCCCUCUCUAUCCCAACUCUCUUGUUCGUUCUCCUGUCUCCCUUCUUCCUGCUCCAUCUCCUGCCCGCAGGUGCGAGGGGUGAACGAGCUGUGGAUCACAGUGGCACUCUCGCACCCCUCCAUCUUAUGCACUCCCUCUCUAUCCCAACUCUCUUGUUCGUUCUCCUGUCUCCCUUCUUCCUGCUCAAUCUCCUGCCCACAGGUGCGAGGGGUGAACGAGCUGUGGAUCACAGUGGCACUCUCGCACCCCUCCAUCUUAUGCACUCCCUCUCUAUCCCAACUCUCUUGUUCGUUCUCCUGUCUCCCUUCUUCCUGCUCCAUCUCCUGCCCGCAGGUGCAAGGGGUGAACGAGCUGUGGAUCACAGUGGCACUCUCGCACCCCUUCAUCUUAUGCACUCCCUCUCUAUCCCAACUCUCUUGUUCCUUCUCCUGUCUCCCUUCUUCCUGCUCCAUCUCCUGCCCGCAGGUGCGAGGGGUGAACGAGCUGUGGAUCACAGUGGCACUCUCGCACCCCUCCAUCUUAUGCACUCCCUCUCUAUCCCAACUCUCUUGUUCCUUCUCCUGUCUCCCUUCUUCCUGCUCCAUCUCCUGCCUGCAGGUGCGAGGGGUGAACGAGCUGUGGAUCACAGGGGCACUCUCGCACCCCUCCAUCUUAUGCACUCCCUCUCUAUCCCAACUCUCUUGUUCCUUCUCCUGUCUCCCUUCUUCCUGCUCCAUCUCCUGCCCGCAGGUGCGAGGGGUGAACGAGUUGUGGAUCGCAGUGGCGCUCUCCCACCCCUCCCUCCCACGCCUCUCUCCUCCAGCCAUAGCGGGGUGCUGUGCUGCUCUGGUGUCUGAAGGCAUGCGCAUGCGCACAGGCGACGGCAGUUCGCCCUCCUUCCCCUACAAGCCGUCCUGGCAGCCUUUCAUCUCAUCCUUGCUCUCAACUCCUCCUCCCCCCACCCUGCCAGUUCGCCCUCCUUCCCUUAUGAGCCUUCCUGGGAUGUGCAGGAGUGGGUGUAUGUGCGGUUCGUCCUCCUUCCCGUACGAGCCUUCCUGGGAGGUGCAAGAGUGGGUGUACGAAGCUGAAGAGCGCCGCGAUUGGCUGAUGCAGCUCCAGCUGGCUGCCAACGUGGCAAUCCCUGCUGACCUGGACGCGCAGUUCGCUGGAGUGGUGGAGGCGUGGGCGCAGGGUGUGACGUGGCGCCAGCUCAUCACUGACUGUGCAGGGCUGGACGAGGGGGACAUUGCGCGGCUGCUAAGGCGCACCAUUGAUAUACUUUCUCAGAUCCCGUACCUUCCAGGCAUCGAUCCCUCAUUGGCCAAGGCGGCAAAGCAGUCAGCUUAUGUCAUGGAGAGGCCACCUAUCUCCGAGCUCAUUGGCUGA